UCUGUUGUAGGAAUAUGUCAGUCGGCGACUCGCUGUCGCUUGCGGUGGCUGUUUACGGGUUCCUUCCUCGAACAAAACGUGUAGAAGAAGCUGGUCAUGCUUACGAGUGCUCAGUAAUUCGUGAUAAAAUCACAUUAGGCAGGUGUACACUACCGAUUCUCAGAAGAAAUAGCGAGGAUGAUAGCCUUGAACUCACUCCAGAGGAAGUGCUCGAGGGACAAGAUCGAGCUUCAUAUUUUGAUGCCGAUGAUGAGAAGUAUGAAAGAUAUCUAAUGAAGCUGGACCCCAAUGAUACAAAAAACCAAGAUCAUUAUAAAGUUUUGGGUCUGUCCAAACUACGCUUCAAGGCGACCAUGGCUGAAAUUCGAACAUGCUAUCGUGCUAAAGUUUUGAAGUAUCAUCCUGAUAAGAAGAAGCAUCGAGGAGAAAUACUUCCAGCUGGUGAGGACUAUUUCACUUGCAUUACAAAGGCGUACGAACAGUUGGGAGUAUCGGAGGCUAAACGACAUGCUUACGACUCUGUAGACCAGAAGUUUAACGACGCUAUUCCUAGUGAAAAAUCGGUAAACAAAGACAACUUCUUUGCUGAGCUGUCGCCGGUCUUCGAACGAAAUGCUCGAUGGUCAACACGACAACCUGUUCCACGCCUGGGUAGGAUCGAUUCGGAUAGAAAAGCCGUGGAAGAUUUUUACAACUUUUGGUUCGAUUUUUCUUCGUGGAGAGAAUUUUCAUAUCUCGAUGAAGAAGACAAAGAAAAGGGUGAGGAUCGGUACGAAAGGAGAGAAUUAGAAAAGAUCAACAAGGCUGAAAGAGAGAGAAGAAGAAAAGAUGAAGCGAAGAGGAUAAGGCGGUUGGUAGAGUUGGCCUACUCUAAGGAUCCGCGAAUCGCUAAAUUCAAACGAGAAGAUCAAGAGAUGAAAAAUAAAGCCAAGGAGGAGAAACAAAGAAAAAUGCGGGAGAAAGCAGAGGCUGCUGAACGAGAAAGGAAGGCGAGAGAAGAAGAAGAACUAAAAGUCAAAGAAGAACAAGAGCGGCUUGCAAAAGAAGAGAAGGAACGAGAAAGAAAGGAAAAAGAAGCAGCGAAGAAAGCAGCAGCCGCGCAGCGACGUCGCUUCAAGAAGCUGGCUGAAUCUGCCGGUCACUGGACUGAUGAUCCCAGAAAGAAGCUCGCAGAGAUGGAACGAGUGGAAAGGCUUUGUCUAUCUUUGCCCGUCGACGCUAUGUCAUCUCUUUGCGACAACAUCGAGAAAUUGACGGUUCGCGAAGAAAUUCUUGCUACGAUAUCAGAAGCAGAGGCUGCUAGAAAAAAUGAUAGUGAAGCUAAGGCUGACGCAAAAGAAGUAGAUAAACAUAAGGACACGGUGAAAGCAUCGGUGAUAUGGACAAGUGACGAGAUUCAGUUGCUUGUAAAGGCUUCGAAUACGUAUCCAGCUGGAACCGUUGAUAGGUGGAAUGUGAUAGCCGAUUACAUCAAUGAGCAUCGCAAAGACAAAUCCAUGCCACCAAAAAAUGAGAAGCAAGUAAUUAAGCAGUGCAAAGCUGUGCAGUCUAUGAAUGUGAAGCUACCAGUAACCACUCAAAAUACGCUAGGAGCAUCGCUUCCUGAUGAGGAUACUUGGACAGUAUCGGAACAGAAGCUUCUCGAACAAGCAAUCAAAACAUAUCCUGCCUCGGAUCCUGAACGGUGGGAGAAGAUAUCGACUGCAGUGGGAACGAAGACCAAGAAAGCGUGUAUACGUCGCUUCAAGUAUCUCGUACAGUUGGUGAAAAGCAAGAAGGAGGAAGGAUCUUGA